AUGGAUGUCGAAGACAAACUGCUGAAAUUGUUUAAAGAGGUAAGGAAAACAAGUGUAAAGCGUGAAGAAUGGAGGCAGGAACAAAACGUUAUUUAUGACUUUCCAAAGUGGGAUGACAAUUUUUCAUGCGAUGAGUACUCAGUCAAGGAUGUGGUACGUCGUGCCAGAAAGGGGGGAGGAGCAAAAGAAAAAGAAGAAGACAGGACAGGUACGUAUAAAGAUGUUUUUAACACCUUUGAAAAUGACAUAAAUUAUUACUUAGGUGAAUAUGUCGAAGACAUUAUAUCUUCUUCCGUCACGGGUAAGAAGGAUAACGGCUUCCCUCGAUUGGAAGAGGAAACUUUGAGGACACCAUCGGACGUAAUUUUUCAGCACUUGAUUUAUGGGAGUGUGUUGGGCGAAAAUUUGAGGCGUUAUGAAUACAACUCGAGGUACUUCACACCCCCUCUGGUGGAGGAUGCGUCCGAGUAA